AAGCAUUUUUUUUCAAUUGUUAAAAAAAACUACACAAUCUAGUAUCAUGACCUAAAUGAUAUUAGAUCACUCAUUUAGAAGAAUAUUACACAAGCAUUGUGAACGAUUGUGCAUAGUUAAUUGGAGCAUUUUUUGUAUUUCUAAUCAUGAACGUAUGACUUUUUUCGUUUUCAAAAUUGUUAAAUAUUUUAUGAAAAACCCAUUAGAUUUAAUUGAUCUCCGUUCUUUAGUUAAGUAAUUAAUUAAUUUUAUUUUUUACAAAUUAUUGAAUUAUACCCAUGAAACAACAUCCAACAUUCAAGUGAUUUCGCAAAUCCUAUAAAUUAAAUAUCCAUAUUAUGAAACAACGUGUCCCAAAAUGAAUUCGGGAAGAGAACUCCUAGACACACCUUCAUUUAAUAGAAAAUUAUAUAAAUUUAAGGAAAUUAAAAAAAAAAUAGAAAUCUUCACAUGUUAAUUUUCAUAAAUAUAAUAAUAUAAAACACAAAAAUAUUUACUGUAGUUAAAAUACAUGAAGCCAAUCAUAUAAUUUUAAAAAUAUUCUAACUUUGACCACAUUUUAUAUCUUCUUUCUUCUCUUUUUCUGCAAUUUCUCUUUCCUCUUCUGUAAUUUUUUAUAUAUUUUCUAAAAAUUAUGAUAUCUAUUUUCAAUCAACCAUAAAUUUUGAUUUAUAUUAAAUCGAAUAUCAAAUAUAAAAAAUAAUCUAAAAAUAAUUGUUAUUUAAAUAUAAAUAAACAAAUCUAAAAAAUCUAAGGAUAAUAUAAUAAGAAUACCAAAUCUAGCCAAUGCUAGACGUAGAGGUAUUUUUUAUUGCAAGGUGGAAUUUUUUUGUUUUCUGUGUUAUACUUUUGAAAACACCUCAAAUAUUAACUAUAUUUUCUCUUUUUUUUUUGAAAAUUUCGGUUUAAAAAAAAUGAACCCAACCGUCGAACACCGUAAGGUAAGAUGCUAUCAUGCCUUACCCUAAAACGAAAGUCGAGGAAGCAACACAUCAAAACGGUAUCGUUUUCUCCAGAGGCAUGGAGUCAACAAACAACCACAACUUCGCCGCCGGAUAUUCCUCGUCGUCCCCGCCACCUCGGCGGCCAAUUUGCCCUAAUUGCAACCGUCCCCAACCAGUCUGCCUCUGCAAAUUCCUUCCAUCUUCACCAAUCGCAACAAAAACAAAAAUCAUCAUACUACAACAUCCUCACGAAUCACAACACAAGCUCUCCACUACACCAAUCCUCACGAAAUGCCUCCUCAACGCAACAACCAUCGUCAAUCGCCGCCUCAAGCCCGGUCUCUCCAAACUCCUCGACCAAUCCCCUCCCGCAGUCUUCCUUUUCCCGCCUACACCUCACUCCUCGCCGCCGAUCAACAUCUCGGAUCUCAACAUAACUGAAGAUCUGGUCCUGAUAGCGUUCGACGGAACGUGGAAGCACGCGAAGGAGAUGGUGCGAUCGAGCGAGGAGUUUCUGUCAAGGUUUGCGAGGAGAGUUUGUUUGGACAUCGAUGAGAGUGUUGAAGGCGGAAGCAUAUUUGAUUCGGAGUUGAUUCUGAGGAAGGAACCGCACGGCGGAUGUGUUAGUACGAUGGAGGCUGUGGCGAGGUGUUUGAGAGUGAUGGAGUUGGAUGGGGCGGCGGUUGAGGAAAAAUUGAUUGGGGUCUUGAGGGAAAUGGUUAGGUUACAAGCUGGGUUUUUGAAGCCCAUGAACCCUAGGCCCAAAUUGCUUAAGAAUUUUAAGCAGAAAACGAGUGUGAUGGAGGAUGAAAAUUAAAAAGGAUUUUUGAAAUUUUGUUCUCUUUAUUUCAAUUACAAUUUUGUAUCUAUUUUUUUUCUUCCUAUUUUACCCAUAAAAAAUAUUUCAGUUUGGUUUUUACUUCUUAUUUAUACAAGGAAUGUUUGGUAACGUGUGUAAUGUGUUGAGUUUGUAAUGUAAUGUAAUAAAAAGUUCAUAUUUGGAUCGUGAA